AUGGAGUCAUUUGUCAGCGCUUUCUUCCGAAUCGACACCGACGGGGAUGAUGUGAUUACAACGGAUGAUUUGAGAUACUACGUGGAGAAAAACAAUCUGGACCAUGAAAUGAUCACGAAAUGGAGCGAAUUAUUCGACAAGGACCGCAGUGGAAGGAUAACGCUGACCGAGUUCUGUGACACUCUUGGACUAAAGGCGACGGAGGUUCGAGCAAAACGGAUGGACAUGAUCUCAAACGCUGGAGGACUGCGGGAAGGCAUUCGCGUGAUUUCUACGACGAUGACAUUAGAGGACCAGAUCGCAAUCAGCGAGGAAACAUGGAAACUGGUACAUGAUCCAUCGGUUAAGAGAAACGAGCUGGCCGACCGGAUCAAACAGUAUCUGGAUCAGACAUACAAACCGGCUUGGCAAGUCGUCAUUACUACUGGUUCUUAUUGGGCCAGCUACGCCCAUUUGCCAGGAAGCUCCUUCAUUUACCAACUGGAUGAUCUAUUUUACCUGAUUUGGAAGACAGGGAACUGA